AUGCUACAUGAAGUGUAUGCUCCUCGCACUGUGGCAGAUGUGGCAUGGAGUCGGCAGAAGACCGUGGCGCUCUCCGCGGUGAUCCAGCAGGCACGCGGUAGAGGCAAGGCUUUGCCGAGUGGGGCACCGCAUAUUAUCCUCCUCUACGGACCUCCCGGCUGCGGCAAGCUUGCAGCCUUAAAGGUACUACUGUGCGAGGAUGCUACAGUGGUGGCAGCUCGUGCAUCCACCACUCAUGGCACGUCUCGUGUCGGCGCAGGUACCACAUCGCAGUUGAUGCAAUCUAACAACACGUCCUUUCACGUCUUUCACAGCUGUGAGGCCACCGUGCAAGCCUACGCGCAGUACUUGCGUAGCGUUCUUUCAUACUGUCGAGGUCAGCUAGGUGGCGGUGAGCUGCAGCUGCCGUCUUUCGCCGAAUCACUGACAAAGUGUAUGAGCAGUGGCGGCCGCAGCAGCUCUGUGGAGAGCUGCGCACGUGCUGUGGAAGGAAGCGCUGACUUGACAGUGCCUCGAACGUCUGCUUCGGCAGAGCUGCCAGCAAACCAUGCACACAUCAUCAAGUUCUACGGUGAGCCUGCUUCCCACGCGUUGCAUCGUUGCACACUCUUAUUUCUCAAAGAGUACGAGGAGCUGCGCGCCAUUGCACAGCGUGAAGAGCGGGAGCAGAAGGCAUUCCCUUCGCUCAACACAUGUGCGGGUAGGCGGACAUGUCUGAUGAAGCAUCUCCACCGCAACCUCAUCUUUUUCCUUCAUACGACACACGACACGCACAACGAUAAGCUGGAUCUAAACACGUCUUUCCCAUCUACGCUGCUUCAAAGCCCCGCGGUGGAGCUGUUUCAUUGUACACCGAUGACGGAGAUUAACCUGCGCAAGCGACUCCGCAGUAUUUUGGAUCAAGAGGCGCAGCGGCAGGCGCAGGAGCAGCAGUGGGCAGCAGUCACGCCCAUGAUGGGCUGUUUUGCGGAUACCCUGUCGUCAUCAUUGCCCAGCGCGCUACCAGCUACGUUUCUCAAUAAAGCUCGGCGGAACACGAGGGCGAAGCGGAAGGUGUCCACACUCACAUCCCCCCCUGCCACUGCGUUCACCGCAUCAUCGAGCUAUGACCUCAUGGACUCAGCGACGUUGGAGGCCAUUGUGGCGGGCAGCCAGGGCGACAUCCGACAGGCCCUUCUUCAAGUACAGUGGUCGUGUCUGAUGCCGGCGUCGAGCUCACUUGCCGUGACGGCACAUCAAAAUGGUUCCCCAGUCAAAGGGGCGUGGGUACAGGCAGAACAAGCUGCGGCAGAGAUCUGGGUGAGGCUAGAGAAACAGCGAUCGGCGGCACGUGAGGGUCUCGUGGCAACCGGUGCCGACACCGCUGGCGGUCGUGUGUUUUCCCUGAGUGACACUAAGGACGCUAAGCUGAGAGUCUACGCCUCGCACUCCACGUCGUGUGUAUCUGCCGCUGCACUGGCGUCGAAAGCCUCCGCUGUGGUGCACGGCGAAUGCAGGGAUGAGGACGGCGAGAUCGACAGCGAGCGUGAUAGUGAUGUGGUCGAAGAAGUAAGCUUCAAGGAUUCUGACGAAACGGUCAACAUAUCUUCUUCCACCUCUGAAUCCUGCACGCCUCCUGCACGACAGGCAGCCCGCAAUGGUGACAGCAAAACGUGGAACAAGGAGGGUGGUGCAGCUUCCCGCAAACGGGCCCGUCAGUCGUCGCCGCCACCGCCUGCAAUGAACAUGUUGUCACUGCUUGACUCCCAGAUGGAGCGUAUGGAGGUAAUGACCAGCAUGGAUGGCCGAGGAGCGUGCGGCAUAAAAAACAAGCCGGGUCGUGUCGCACAUCGCGUCUUAGCACCUUUGGCGGCUGCGGCGGAGUCACAGCCGCCCAGCGUCCUUCCGAUGACGCGGGACGAGUACCUUGGCCUUUCUCACGCCGUCGGCCGGUUGCUCACGCAGAAGUACUGCAUUGAUGAGGUGCUGGACACUUUAAAUGUCCCACCGCGCAAGAUACUGGAUUACUUGACGAACAAUCAAAUUCGCUACUUUGGCGACGAUCAGCUGCCUCAGUACGCACACUGCAUCGAUGCCGCGAGUGAUGCAGAUGCGCUGCGGGCCUCUGAGCUGAGUGGCAGCUUCAUCGGCGUGCCAAGCGCCACUGCGCUGCGUGAGCGCCGUCAGCUGGCCGACCGCACCACGGCUGGAGAGAGCCUCGGCAACAUUGGGCGGCUACUCGAAUCCAUUGCGCUUCAGUUAUUUCACCUCACCUACCGCGCCAUUCAGACCGAGGUGCGUCCGCCGCCAGGCUUCGUCGCGCAGGAGCCACCACCGUAUUUUCGCCAGGCGUACCCGCGUCUCCGCGACAUUUCUCACGGCUGGAUAUCGUCUUCAAUGCACAGAGGGGAGAGGCGCACUGAAGCAGAUUCCACUGCCAACAUCAGUGAGCGGGAGUGGGUCCUACAGGCACUUGCGCGGCUCGAGAGUGUGCCUACAGUGAGCGCCGGUAGUUCUCUCGCAAAUUAUGGCAGCAGCAGUAACCGACGACUUCGUUUCCACAACGACGCAGGCUGCUGCUCAUCAUCGCUUGCAUCGAUUACCCCGCGUAUCCAGACGGACGAGAUGGACGUUAUGCGUGAGGGGUUGCCAGACCUGCUGUACCGCUGCGGCAGCACCGAGGCCGUGCUGCUCGACUACUACGCCCUGGCUCCUUAUAUUUUGCUCACCGUGAACCCUCCACCUGCGCCGCAGUCGUUACAGGCGGGAUGCAUUUCCGCCUCGGCUGCGUUGGCGUCGUUGUCGCGGACGUGUGGAGCGGCAAAUGCGACAGCGCAGAGCCCUGACGUGCAAAUUGCCCCGGCAGCACCAUUCCUGUUACCGCCCUCACCAGACGCCCCCACGACGCCCGCCAUGGCUCCCCGCCGCACGGUAUUUCGAUUCGCCUCCUCGUCCUUGUCCGCGUCGGCGCCGGGAAUGAUGGCGCCUUCUGCCCACCCUGUGCCUCCUGCACCGCACCUGCGGACCUGCACGCCUUUGCAGCUGGCGAUUUUGCAGCGUGGCCGCAAUCCUGCAAUGGCUCAGCUCCGUAGCGACCUCUUUGUGCUCUCUGCUAACGAUGUUUGUGACAGGACCGCCGGUGCUUCGACGGAGAGCGAUGCGGCGCUUCCGCUAAUCCCAGACGGGGACGAUAUCGAAGAUAUGGACAGUGACUAA